AUGGACCGACGCAAGGAUAAUUUCCACAGCUUUAAUGGGCCGAAUGAUCAAUUCCCAUUUAUCUUGAUGGCUGGUUGUAAGAACCUCGAUGCUUUACAUUCUAUCUGCGGUCUUCAAAACUUUCACAUAGCGACAUCCAAUCACCAGCAGCACCCACGCUCAGGUGGUUUUCCAUGCUGUUUCGAAGGAAAAUGUUUGGGUGACAUCGAUUACUUCUACUACAAGAUGGGUAUUCUCGAGAAAUAUGACGAAGAAGAUCAUAAGCGAAGUUGGUAUUGGAGAAUGAAUCUGUUACAACAGGAAGUACGAAAAAUCGUCACACGACCCCGUUUAGAAUCUGCAUAAAUUUUCAAAAUAUUCUGAUCAUCGACAACCAGUAAUUCUCAUCUAACGCCGGAAAGUUGAAUUCGCAGAGAAUUGCCAACUAGGAAUUAUUCAAGAUAAUCAAAACCGAUAAACUACCCUCAAUACUGGCAGACUAAUUUUUGAGCCAACUGUCAAUAGGCUGACAUCUUCCUUAUUUUUCAAUCUCAUUCAUUCAUUCAAACGAUUU